AGUCCUUCUCCUGGGGGCUUCUCUCCAUCCCCUCCUCACCCAGCCUGGAUUUCUGUUUGGGAAACCACGCCAAAGUCGCUAGGUCAGAUUUGGCUUCUCAAGGAAGACCAAGGUUACUGUGGUGGCUGCAGUAGGAAUGAAAUAAUUUUGCAACAUGAAGUUAGUUCAUCCUAAACCCUAAGCGGUUGGGAAACCACCAUCUGUUGAGCAAGAGGGUGGCUGUCUGGCUGCCCACAGCCAUUUCAGGGAUAACACGAUGUUUACAAACAUCUCGUCUGGCUGGGCAAGUCCAGAUGAGGUGAUGGACUGCAACCACCCUCUGUGUGGCUCAAGUAGGGCAAGACCAGCAUGGUUUGGUGGUUAUAACGUCUGCACAGUAAUGAGUGUUUUGACUUUGUGUUCAGUGGACUUCUUUGGCUCAUUUUAAGUCUCCUUUCAAUAUCUUGGUCCUGUUGCUACACCAGAAACUUCAUCUCAUCCCCUGUUUAACAAUGUACAUGCCUCUGGCAUUUGAAUGGGAAGCUUUCUCUUACUGCUAUCCGGGGAAUAUUUUCCUUGCGUUUGAGAUGCAGCUUUUGUUUCCCGUAAAAAACCAAAUGUGCUUAAGUAAAAUGGGGGAAAUGGGUCCUGUUUUGAGGACAGGACUCUCUAAAAUCAUUGCAUCCCUAUUUUUGCUGUCUUCAAGUUGGAACUGCCUUUGGAAGAGCUGUUUUAUAAAUGUCCAUAAUAGUCAGUUCACUGAGUUGCAGAAGACAUUUUGAGGCAUGUGGAAGCAAGCCUUUAGAAACCAGCUGGUCAUGGGGGAAAAAAAAUAUCUGUCUCAUUUUGGCUCUUUGGUCAGUAGAUCUGAGGCAGAAAUAAAUGCAUCUAAACACCAGUCAGUCCCCGCUCUACCUUUUUUUCCAUUUGUUGUCUGGACUAUGGCAACUGUUUCCUUGCUUCUGAGUUUCUGCUGCUGCAAAAAAUAUUCCUUCCUCCACAGCCUUGGUCAUACCCGUCCCUUCGUACUCUUUCCUGAAUUCAGAGCAAGGCUCAGGUCCUCUCCUUCAACCUUCUCCAACCUCCCACCUGAUCUGUUCCUGUUUGCCCACAUGUUAGCAGCUCCAACUGAGGUGUCUUCUGUUCUGCUCUGGAGCUUUCUGUCUUGCCACGUCUCAAUUAGUUGCUCCUUCUUUGUGUAACUGUUGGUUAGUUUGGUCGAAAUAACCCUCUUGACAAAGUGCUUUCUGCUGGUCUGGGUGCCAGUGUCUCAUCAGUCCUGCCGUGGUGUUCCAUGUUUUGCUCAUCAGGAUGUGGGUUUGUAUGAUCAGUAGAAGCUUGGUGAUUAUUUUGUCAGGCUGAGGUUGUUGUCACACUGAUAAUUUGCAAAGUGCUAUGUAUUUAUGAGAUGAUAUGGAUAAUAGAAGCUAUUGCAAGCUUUUGAAGGACAAAGCUGCGUGUGAUGCCAUGGCUUGUCUGAGUUCAUCGAGCAGUUACACAGCCACGUAUCCGAGACCACUCUGUGGUCUGUGUCCGUGCUCCUAGCGCUCUCCGGACAAGCUGAGCAGGUUUCCAUGAAGAGGGGGGGUCAGUCAAGAGCUUUAAAUUCAAUGAUAGUGCUUACAGGGUCGGAAUUUGCUGGUUGUAUUUUAUUGUUCCCUACAGCUGGUCAUCUCUUUCCCUCUGCAGUUUGCACUGAGAGCGUUUUGGGGAAUCUGUUUUCGAGGGUUGAUGUCCUAAUUCUUCUAAUGCAGUUUGAAAUCUUAAGGAUGUGCUGUUCCUUUUCCACAAAUGUCUGGUAGACACACACUGAAAAUAUCUGUGUAUCUCCUCUCUUGUUCCUUCUGCACAGAUUUAUGUUCAUGCUGUGUGGUCCAGUGCCCUGCUGACUCUGUAAGCUGCUACCUUGCUCAGUGGUUUACCACUAGAUGCAUUAGAUAAAUAUGCUUUAUGUAAUAUUUGUGCUUGGGUUGUAGUGAUUUUGCCGGCUUCCGGAAUCCAAACAAGUGAGACAACAAAAGUGGUUUCCAGAACUCAACUUGCUGCCAGUAAACUUCUGUACUGGCAUCCUCAUUUGUGUCCUGAGCUACUGAGGUUGGUGGAGAGAGAUUGUGUAUCGCUCUUGAGCGCCUUCCCUGAAAGCUAGAUCUUGAAGUGGCAAAUAAAAUUUCCAACUUUGAUCAGGCCUCUUAAUGUGUAGGGUGUGGGAGGGGCACAUAAUCUCGGGGCUACAAGAUCCUUAAAGACCUUUCCUCCAGCAACGAUGACUGCCUCUGCCUGCUAUGCCAUGUUGUUUGGAACUAUGGAUUUUUUGAAACUCUUAAACUUGAAGUUUCUCUUCUGGCUCCUGAUGCAGUUUUUGUUUCCCUCUCGUAGAAGACCACUGCCACUGGGGGAGCUAUUAAUGGAAGAACACGGAGUGACCCAAACAGAGCACAUGGCCACCAUCGAGGCCCACGCAGUGGCCCAGCAGGUGCAGCAGGUCCAUGUGGCCACCUACACAGAGCACAGCAUGCUGAGUGCGGAUGAGGACUCGCCAUCUUCGCCAGAGGACACCUCCUACGAUGACUCGGACAUCCUCAACUCCACGGCUGCUGAUGAGGUCACUGCCCACCUGGCAGCAGCAGGCCCUGUGGGGAUGGCAGCAGCUGCUGCCGUGGCAACGGGUAAAAAACGAAAGCGACCACACGUUUUUGAAUCCAACCCGUCCAUCCGCAAGAGGCAGCAGACGCGUUUGCUACGGAAGCUCCGAGCCACGCUGGAUGAGUACACCACCCGCGUGGGGCAGCAGGCCAUCGUUCUGUGCAUCUCACCCUCCAAACCCAAUCCUGUCUUUAAAGUAUUCGGUGCUGCACCCUUGGAGAACGUGGUACGCAAGUACAAGAGCAUGAUUCUGGAAGACCUGGAGUCGGCACUAGCAGAGCACGCUCCUGCGCCUCAGGAGGUUAACUCAGAGUUACCGCCCCUCACCAUCGAUGGCAUUCCCGUCUCGGUGGACAAGAUGACCCAGGCACAGCUGCGAGCUUUCAUCCCUGAGAUGCUGAAAUAUUCCACGGGUCGUGGGAAACCAGGCUGGGGCAAGGAAAGCUGCAAGCCCAUCUGGUGGCCUGAGGACAUUCCGUGGGCCAACGUCCGCAGUGAUGUCCGCACAGAGGAACAGAAGCAGCGGGUGGAGCAGAACUGGGCAACGCUACAAGGGGGUGAGAUGACUAUCCAGACGACGCAGGCAUCAGAGGCCACGCAGGCAGUGGCAUCGUUAGCAGAAGCAGCAGUGGCAGCAUCUCAGGAGAUGCAGCAAGGAGCAACUGUUACCAUGGCACUCAACAGUGAAGCAGCUGCCCAUGCAGUAGCCACGCUUGCUGAAGCCACUCUUCAAGGUGGAGGACAAAUUGUCCUGUCUGGUGAAACUGCAGCAGCAGUAGGAGCACUUACCGGAGUCCAAGAUGCCAAUGGCUUCCUAGCAGCAGACUAUUCAGGUUGCAAGUGGAGCCUAGCAGAGUGUUCAUCAGGUGAGUGGAUUUUUGUGAUGGUAGUUUGAAAUAAUGGGAUUUGGCUGUCAUCAGUAUUGCCACUUGUUCCUUUAGGUUCCCGACUACGUGGUGUUUCUUGGGGUUAAAGGGGCUAUAUCUUACCUGUCUCUUUUUUUUUUUUUUUUUUUUUUCCCCCCUCCUUUCACACUUUCAAGGGGAAAAUAUCAGACAUCAGAUAUAUAUUUACAUCCAAGCAUCUUGUAAUGGCUGUCUCGGCUUCGGGGUAGAGAUGCACAUGCCUCUCGGCUGUGCUCAUAUCUUACAGCCCAAUCCUGUUAGCCUUACGCAAGCCGACCUCUCGUAAUUGUUACUUAAGUAAAGAAUUAGUGAGGGGCAGGACAGAGCUGGGCUCAGAGUCUGUAUUUUAAUAACACUCAAGCAACGGUACUGCGGUGAUGGAUGGGGUUGUGGGGAUGUUGUGAUUUUUGGAUUUGUAAAAUUUGGCUUUUUAAAGGUCGCGGACAUGAUGCAGAGUUAAAGCAGCAAGGCAAAGGAGAGAAAAUCCCUCAAAAACGCUUUCAGCACUCGUCAGCUUUAAGAAACUGUAGGCUGUCGUAGCAGAAACCUAAGUAAAGCAGCAGGCUGUCCUGUGUGUCACACAGCACAGGAGGGUAGAUGCAAGAGCUUGUGUGUAUGUGACCACUGACGCUUCUGCUGGCUGAAGUCCACCAGCUUUUGGAGUGUGGACACUCCCAUCUUUGAUAUGCAACUGUGUUCCUCUUGCAUGCUAUUUAUGAUUUUCAGGGGUGCCCAGAGUAUUGUUCCUGCAGAAACUCAGCCAAAUAAUUAUCUGCUUCAUUAGAAUAUGUGAUAUUUCAGUGUUUUUAAAAAAAAAC